AUGGUCUUCCUCUCAUUUCAACCCUUGAUAACCGGGCAUAUCCCGACAAUUGCCCUCCUCUCCAGCGCCUGGAGCCCAGCAUGCUCCCCAUGGCUGUCAGGACUAGAGACUUGCGAGGCCCAGGAGUCACGAGACCAACUUUGCCCUGCUCCGAGUCCGGGGUCGAAAGAUUGUGUCGCUCUCGGAGCAGUCGAUGACCCGGCGGCCGGAAGGAUAGGGACAGGUUGGAAGACGGCGGGCGGCAUCAAUCACGACGGCAGUCGAUCCAUUCCCAAAGUAUUCACGCAUUAUCAGAGGUGGCGCCUUCUAUAUCUCGUGAAGAUACGCUCUGCCCUUCUUGUGGGUACAUCGCAGAUGCCCAUAGGUAACGUCCCGGCGGUCCGGUUCCGGGAGAUAUUUACCUUUGAGGCGUGCAGAACUUACUACCGACGCCGCUUUGUGCCGAGAUCUCUUCUCCGGGAUCAACGGCAGCACGGCCGAGAUAUGAGAUAUUUCGGGCGCAGUAGUGACUCUCGGGAAUUGAUCAAUCAAUCACCUCAACUCGCUCGGGACAUCUUGCUCUCCCAAGAGGGUCUAGCAGCAAAAGAAAUCGCGUUUCCCUUCGCUUCCGUCGUCGCCCACUGGCGCACGACUAAGUUCUGGGGAAAGCAUCCAAAUUUCAUUAGCCCGCUAUCUUUCCUCGAGACUCUGGAUCUGCGCCCUGGAUUUGAUGAGACAGGCAUAGAGAGAAGACGCGCACGUCUGGGCUCCGACUCGCAGCUCAAAUUGUACAUUAUGUCGCCCACUUAUAUUUCUGGCAGUAUUUUGCUAAACAUUAGUACCCAGUACAUCAUCAACAUAACCACCCCAAAAAGAUGCAAGUCCCACAGCAAAACAAGCCGGUGGCUUCAAACCAACCGAAUUUCUCACUUCAAGCAAAAUUUGACAUGGCCUCUCAGCCAGAAUCACCAGAACACGAAAUCAGUGCAAAACAAAACAGAACAGAUGCAAAAGAACAGCUCUCAACCGAACGUAUGGACUCUAACCACUGAAGAACUCCCCGAGGUGGGCUCGAACCACCAACCUCCAGAUUAA